CUCUGUCAUCACCAGCACGGAAUGCUGCUUGCUGAGGUUGAUGCUAGUCUUGUCUCUGUAAAAGACAGAAAGGACAAAGACGACACAAGGAACUCCAGGCAUACAACACAACCCAAGGCGCCAGCCUGAUGCUUGCAUUUACAUAGACGCUUGGCCAAACGGGCAACAGACGACACGCCAUGCUCUCGUUCUUCUCGCGUCGAAAUCGGAGUCACAAUCGUGGCAAGAGCAGCAAGAACAGCAGCCACAGCAGCACGUCAAGUGAUGGUGAUGACGGUAGAGGGCGCCAAAAGGCCGCACCGCCAAGCAAACAGGGUUGGCGCAAGCGGGGGAAGAGCAGGAGGAAAGGGAAACAGCAGAACGGCAAGGCGCUAGAAGACAAGACACACGAACACAGCCAACUGCUGGAAGAGCACACCUACCUGGCCAUCUUGCCGUGUGGCACAGCUCGUGAUGAUAAUGAUGAGGGUGAAGCGGAGGUGUUUGCUGAUGAUUUGCGAGCGGAUGGCGGGUAUAUGACGGUGCAACCUCAACCAGAGGGCGACACCAGCGAGGAAGUCACACACAACAACCGAUGGGGCACUGCCUUUGGCGCUGACGAUGACCACGCUGCUGGUGUCUUCCCAGUUGCUGACGAUGAGGAUGAUGAAGACAACACCAGCAGCUGCUGUGAACUGCUCUCGCGCCACCGACCUCACCACCACCACAACAACAACAACAACAGCGACGACGACAACGACGAUGAUACCGUGAGUCUGGACUGGUGCUAUGAAGACCUGCGACGCCACGGAUCGCCGCAGGACAUCGACAACAGUCAUGCGCUUUGUGCCAGCGAGGACUGUGAUGUGGGUCCAGCACGCACUGGCGUACAUAGCAGCACACCAUCCCGUCCGUGCGGAAGCAUGAAGCGAAUCAGGGACCCUGCCGUGGAUGCCAUGCACCAACGGCAGGGAAGCAAAACGCUUGUGCUGCACGAACGCUGCCGUCAAACACACAACCCAGAUGCGAAUGACACAUCAUCUGCACCACCAGGAGCAAGCACAACCACACCACAUACGCCCGCAGCCCCAACAACACUGCCAAGCGCAAGCACAGACACAACAACAGACACAUCGGAUGCACCAAUGCCAUCAUCAUCAUCGCCAUCGUCAGCAGCCGUGGAGACGACAGCAGCGAAUGGUGAGGCCAGCCCAUCCACGCGGCGGCGCCGCAUCAGUUUCCGCUGGUCGCCCCGCCUCUCCCGCCGCUUUCGACGCCACACACGCCGGCACACAACAGGCGGCAUCAACGAGCAGCAGGUGGUGGUGGUGGAUGAGGAGGAGGAGGAGGAGAAGGAGGAGGCCGGGAAGAACAACGGGAAGGAGAAAGACAAAGGGGUGGAGGAGGGCUUCGAGCACGGUGGGGACGCGGGAGACGGCAGCAAUGUUGACAGCCAUGAUGGCCACAACGGGGACGCGAGCGAUGAUGGGGUGCCGCAGAAAAUGCAGCAGGAGAGAGGAAGUAGAGUGGACGCAGAGGGUGGAGUGGGAGUGAGGGAACCUCACAACAGGGGCGGAAGCUUCAGAUUCUGGCAAUCAUGGAGAAGCAGCAAGCACCCGCAGCAACAGCGACAGCAGCAGAGUGAUGGUGUGGAGAGCACAACGGGCACUGCUGCGACGCACUCAACAGGAAGCCAGCACAGGCGAAGGUGGUCUGAAUCUGCUGCUGCACAGCUCAUCCACCACACCAUGACACUCGGCGGCAGCAACAACAGCAGCAGCAGCAGCAGGAAGACGUCACAUGACAGCGCAUUUAAGCCGCGGCUGGAGCCCAUUGAUGAAGAAACAUCGCGCCGCCGCUACGACACACAGGCCGUUGACCUCACCCACCUCCUCGAGCUGCGCCGCACAACGCGGCGGCCGCGCCACUCCCAAGACGUCGUCAUCAAGAUGUCUGCCUACAGCACCGGCGACGAUAACCCCAUCAUCGCAGGCAAACACGUCCUGCCAGAGGACGCAGCCAACGCGACCAAGCCGCCUGAGAUGCGACCUGUCUACGCCACGGGCGACGACGUGCCCACGCGCCUCCUCAACACCCGCCUCUCCCAGCGCGAGCACGAAAACUACCUCGCUGCUCGCCUCUUUAGCAACCCGUACACGGCGAGCAUACGCGACCGCAUGCACUUUGUGAAGGAGCACCCCGUCUCUGCCGAUCCCGUGGAGAGCCAGGGCCGCGUGGACGCAUUGUCGUCGGCACUGCAAACACAGGCUGACACCAUUGACCGCUACCGGUCGGCCUUUGAAGCGCUGAUGGACUCACAACCAAAGAGCAGACGCAGCACUAACACAUCCCGCACAGGGUCGUCCACCUCUCUCACCAAGACUACCAGCAGCCUCCGCGGGCUGAGGCGACGGUUCAGCUCCCGGCGGCAUCGUGCAUCACAGAAGCGGCACCACCGCUCCCGAUCUGUGUUUCGCCGGCGACCAGACACACGCAGCAAUUCAAGCCAGGAGAAGGAGAUAGUGUUGUAGAGCAUUGCGUGAAGCAGAAGCAAGCCAGCCAACCAACGCUUUUUCAUGUAUCAUGUGACUGUGCGUCGACAUUCCUGCUUUUGUCAUGUUCGUUUGGGCAAUCGUUCAGAGAAGCAAAUCCUUGCUGUGAAGGAGAGAGAGAGAGUAAAUAAACGCAACAACAGGAA